AGUUGCUCUCCGUUUCCAAAACGGAUUUCGCAGUCGGCAGAAGCGCGGGAGUGUCUGCAUGACCCGCGACCGACUGCUCGUCUCUUGCGCGGCGACUCAGGCUGUUGCUAGCCUUUUCUCUGCACACGGUACACAUCUGAGUCCAACAAGAGAUCUGUGCCGAAGCGGUUCGCUGCAGUCGGGAACUCAACCCAUUUUCCGCUUCGUUGUCCGGCCAUAACUUAUCAAUGUCGAGUGGAGACAGGCCACGGACGCUGUCAAGUUGCAGCGCUAGCCUCCCGUGAGUCUGCUGUCUGAGGCAAUUCGCCGCCCGCUCCCGGUUUCUUGUCAGUCUCCCGCCCUUACCUUCACGGUACGAUGCAUUCCUUCUUCGGAGGAAGGUGUCUUCCCCCGAUCCGCUUCGCCGCUGUCUAGCCGACUCCGCCGGUCUGUGCUCCAUGCUGGUUUCCGUCGAUUCUCGGACUUGUUCUUUGUAGUUCCACGCUUGCGAGCCCCGAGACUCUCCUCUCCUGCCCUCCAGUGCUCGCGGCUUUCAAGAAAGCGGCCGUGAAGCGCCGCAGUGCCAUGAGAUAUGCUCCUCCAGAUAACGCGAUUCGCCGUCUCACUUGGGCAACCGCCAGGCGUCUGUACACCCGAGAGAGCAACUUGGCGCGCGCGCGCGUGGAACCUGGCAGAAGCCUGCGGUGCAGACGUUUUCCUCUCCCUCUUCGGACUGGUCGUCUCCGAGUCUGUGCAGCUGGACUUCCCCCCCCAAUUUGCUUGUUUGGGGUGACGCGGCUUUUGCGUUCUCGGAAAAACCUGGUUUCCGUCGCACUCAGAACGCGGCGCUUCUCCCUGCACCUGCCACUCCAGCGCCUGCAAAUGAGGGUCCCCCUCGUUGCCUUGUGUGCCUCGCGCGCGCUGCGGCCUUCUCCGCUCCUUCUCUGCAGAGUUCCCGAGGCCUCGCUCGCCGCCGCAGACCGCAGAGAGGCAGCAGAAGGCGUCGGCAGAGCGUCGGGGAGAUGCCUCUGUCUGAGCAGACAGACGGGGACAUCGGCGAGCUCGGCGCACACAAGAAGAGACUGAGAGAAGACCCCAGCGACGCAGGGCGGACGCCGGAAGGAAAGAAGAAUGGAGGCGGCGGAGGCCGAGGCCAUUGCGUUGCAAAUUCAACGCGACCUCAAUGAGGAAGCUGAGAAUCUGCGCCGGGAUCGGCGCAUGGCGGUAUCCGUCUACGUUUUCUACGGCUUCUGUCUUGUCGGCUUCAGUGCCUGCCUGAUUGCUCUCCUCGCCCUCUACAACAACGACUGGGGUCGAAGCUGCGAUGUAGGGAUGAAAGUAUGGAGCGUCGUCUGGCUGGCUCGGAUGAUUCUGCAAUUGAUUUGCAACACAGCAGUGACGGCCUGGCGCAUGCGGGCGGGGACCUCGGUGCCGCGAGCGAUGAUGCUUCUCCCGCGACUUGUGCAUGCGUUCGGAUUUACUUGGUGGCUUCUGGGCGUCGAACAACUCUUCUUCGAACCCAGCUGCGAAGAACCGACGCUCGCUCGGACGGUCUCGCAGGUCAUGUUUUGGAUGACCGGCACUGUCUACUUGAUUCCCUUUGUUGUCUAUACACUCAUCUGCGUGUGUCUGCCAUGCAUCAUUUACUUCAUGGUGCGAUUCGCCGUGAGACCCGCGGAUCGGCAGCCGACGCCGCCUUCACUCGUGCAGCAACUCGAAGUGAAGACGUACGGCGACUUGAUCGAAACUCUGCGACGCCAGUACACUCUCGACACCCAUGAGGUGGACAUACAGCACGAGCGUCGGACGUUGCCGAGUCUCUCUCUCGAGACGGUGAUCGACGGAGUCUCCAAUUUGCUCACUCCUGGCCCAGCGGCUGCCGGGGCGCCAGCUCCCUCCACGACCGUUGGCGGACUCCCGCGGACUCCGGCUGGAGCGCCCUGGGCCAUCGACCUCGGCGGAGACAGUGGAGUGAGCGCCUCGGGGCUCCUCAGUCGACAGUCGAUCUCCGUCAACAAGGCAUGUCCGAUCUGCAUGGUCGACCUCGACGACGAAGACGAGGUUCUCAUCAUGCCUUGCGACAGCCGCCACUUCUUCCACAGGGCCUGCGUCGAGCACUGGCUGGAAACAAGUCAAGCUUGCCCCAUUUGUCGCGCCAACAUCGUCAACAUCCUCACAGGGACGCCAUCGGAUCCCACCUUGCUGCCGGUGGACCAUCGAGACCUGGAAUUACAGAUUUGAAGUUCGGAAGCCAGGCGGGUUUCUUUCGCUGGCCGCGAAGGCGGAUCAGAGAGCGAGAGACAGCGCUUCGAAAGCGGGUUCUCUCCCUCGCUGUUCCGCCGUUCUCUUCCUCUCAUCGCUAGCUCGCUCACACACACGACCCCAGCCAGAGACCGGAAGGCAGUCUGUCCAGCUUGUCAGGAAACUUAAGGAAGGGAACCUCCGUCCCUGCCUCGGAGCGAAGUCGCCUCCGGCUCGGCAGGCGAUUCGGCUUAUAUUCGGAGCGCACCUGGGGCGCGCGGCCCACAGGCCCCCUGGAGACGCAGUCGCCCUCUCGAGUGCAUCGCCCGUCGGGUGUCCAGAACUUUCGUGGCUGGCCUAGGCGUACAGACACCGGGGUGCGUGGCGGCCUUUCGCGGUGUUUCAGGUUUUCAACAAUUUCCGACUUCCUUCUCGAGGUUGCCAGGGCAGCCGGUUUUCGCGGGAUCGAAUGGGGUCGCAAGAGUUCCAGAACCGUCAAUUGUUUCGUCUAAGAGACCACGGGGACCGAGGGAAACGGACAGAAAGGCGUUUGUCAAGUUUCUGACGCAAGAGGUUGACACUACCCUUUUCAGGGUAGAUGCGCCACCGUAUGAAAAAAUGCCAUCAUCCCUAAACGCUGUCUGUUGUAGUGUGCAAAGCAUCAUCGUUCAGUCGGAUUUCUCUCCGGCCCGGGACUUCUCUGCGAGUCUCGGAUUCUUCCUCCGGCCACAGUGGUGAGCGCCUUGGUGUAAACCGCUUUCAGAAACCGCGGAUUUCUCGGCCUUCCGAAGGACGCGUGACGAAGCGAAGAGAGUUGACGAAGGCAAUCUAGAGUCGAUGGAAAACUCGAGAGAGACGCAGAGCGCAGACCCGUCGCUAUCGCCCACUCCGCACACCUUCCUGGGGUCCCGGCACCGGCGGGGCUUCUUGCUGCGCGGAAGAGAAUCGUAUUUUUAGGAUUGCAUCCAGAUAUUUCGUCGCGAAACAGGUCGUGCUUAGAGGAGAAAAGUUCUUCAGUCGCCGCUCUCUCGGGAGCCGAGUCGCACAGGCUCGUUCCUCGAGAAUAAGCCGCGAGGUAUCCGGGUCGAGAAACAGGGGAUUCUGUUGCCUCGCCAGUGACAAAAAGAACUAUUUCUGUCAGAGAGGAGAGUUCAAUCGAGAUCAGUUGAUGAAGAAACUUGAAGCAGUUACGUAUUAAAGUGGAUCUUCGGAUUCAAGUGCUUCGGCAGCCUGAAUUUCGGGGACUGUGAUUUCGUCUUCAGUUUCACAGACACAAGAAAUCCUGUAUCUCGCCACGUCUCGAGAAUCUCCUCCAUAAAUCUGGAGUCCUGGACACCGCACAGAUUUGUCACAGCCCAAAUCUCGACGCCUCUCUCCGUAUCUCACUCUAUCUGUAUCCUUUGUGCAGUGGUCUCCACUGAGAGAUGCCUAGACUCAAAUAGAACAAUCUACAUAAAUUCUUACGCAUAUAGAUAUAUGAAUAUGACGAUAGACGCAGGUACUCGUAUAAAUACAUCUGCCCAC